AAACAAGUCAUUAAGUUUCACGCCUGCGGCUGCCCGCUGGAGACUGGGCCAGGGACAGACAAAAACGCACGUGUGAGAGGCGAGCUCGCACCCACUUCCCCACGGCCACGCCGCGGUCCCAUCCACCUGCACAACUCAGGCCGGACGCUGCAGCCUUGCGAGGGACGCGGGCUGCGACCUCCCGGAGGACAAAUCGGUGAACCACCGCAGUUAAUAAAACGCAGCUCCGCGGCGCGAACCCCCCGCUCCCCUCCAUGUCCCACCCGGUGGCACCACACAUCCUGCGCGUCCGCUCGGGGACGGCGCAUGCGGCCGGUACUCGGAAGGCUCCCAACUCCGAGAUCCGCGAUCCGGGACCCAGGCCCCACUUCUGGGCGUAGCACAAAAUGAGGAGCGCGGAAUACCUGGACCGGACGCAGUGCACGGAGCCCGAGGUGCGCACGCGCAGUGCCGGUCGCAGCGCGGGUAGGGGAGGACCCCGCAGCGGACGUCCUUACGCAGGCGCCGGAGCCCGGUGGGGAGGAGGGCGAAGACUCCAUCCGCCAUGUUGGAUGCCGCAGAUUCGCCAUAACCUCGCUGGCUCUUUUCUUAAAAAAAUAAAAAUAAAAAGCGAAGGGUCCGCAGGGCGUCCCGCCUUCUCGGUUGGCACGGGAGGGGUACGAGCAGACCCGAGGCUUUUUUUUCCUCUGCGGUGGGGGCGUUGCCAUGGAGACGCGGGCGGCAGAAAACACAGCCAUCUUCAUGUGUAAGUGCUGCAAUCUUUUCUCACCAAAUCAGUUGGAACUCCUGUCCCAUGUUUCUGAGAAGCACAGAGAAGAAGGACUUAAUGUUGAUGACAUCAUCAUUCCCCUUAGGCCUCUGACUACUCCUGAACCCCCCAACCCAAGCAAGACUGGAGAUGAGUUUAUGGUCAUGAAGAGGAAGAGAGGCAGGCCUAAGGGGUCCACGAAGAAGCCCAGUGCUGAAGAGGAGCUGGUGGAAAACAUCGUGACCCCAAAUGAGGAUGCACCACUGGGUGCAGAGGAAGGGAGCAGCUUGGCACCGAGCAGCCUAGAGUGCAGCAAGUGCAGCCGGAGGUUCUCCAACACACGCCAGCUGAGGAAGCACAUCUGCAUUAUCGUGCUGAAUUUGGGUGAGGAGGAUGGAGACGCAGGUAAUGAGUCCGACCUUGAACUGGAAAAGAAGUACAAGGAAGAUGAUCGAGAAAAGGCUCCGAAAAGACCUCGGGCCCCGAAAACAGAGAAAGUCCAGAAGAUUUGCUUGGGAAAGGAGGUGGGACAGUCUUCUGGCAUGAAGAAACCCAUCAUCAGUGUGGUUCUAACUGCUCAUGAAGCUAUUCCAGGUGCUACCAAAAUCAUUCCAGUGGAAGCUGGGCCCCCUGAAACUGGAGCAGCAAAUCCCACAACCACUGCGGCAGACCUGGUGCCACGGAGAGGGUAUCAAGAAUAUGCUAUUCAGCAGACUCCGUAUGAGCAACCCAUGAAGUCAAGCAG